UGGCUGAGCACACCUAAGCGGGAACCACGGGCUGAAAGUCCACGAUUCAGGGUUUGAACUUGAACUUGAACUUGAGAGGAGCGUGAAAACAUCCGGAGAAGACGCAGAGAUUUGUGGGACUUUCGCUCUUUUUUAUCUUCAAGUGAUUUAUUUAUUUUUUUGACUUUGUGGACACUGUUGAGAGAGCCCCGUUCGGUGCAUGCUCUCUGCUGACACAGCUUUUGUUGAUUAUCCAGAGACUGUAUUUCUGUGAGCGGCUGGUAAGCUCCACUUUUUCCUACGACUUUAUGUCUACAAAGAUGGAACAGCCUUUUUAUCAUGACGACUCUUUUCUGGCGGCUUACGGCCACUCAGACGCGGCAAUGCACGACUACAAACUGCUAAAGCAGAAUAUGAAUUUGAACUUGACAGAGCCGUAUCGCAGCGUGAAAGCCCAGCUGAGAGCCGACGACCCGUACCAGGGCGCGCAACAGGACGUGGGGUCUCUGAAGCUGGCAUCCCCAGAGCUCGAGCGGCUCAUCAUCCAAAACAGUAACGGUGUGAUCACCACCCCCACCCCGGGUCAGUACUUCUACAACCGGGGCAUCACCGAUGAGCAGGAGGGCUUCGCGGAAGGGUUCGUGAAGGCGCUGGACGAGCUCCACAAGAUGAACCAGAUGCCCCCUCCUAACGUGUCCAUCGGAGCCGGUGGAGUGACGACGUGUUCGGGGGCGGCCCCUAGCGUCUUCGGCACCCCUCUGCAGCCGGAGACUCCCAUCUACACAACGCUCAACGCCUACUGCCCGAACACGAACCUCUCGUCUGCGUCCAGCUACCCCACAGCCACCAUCAGCUACCUGCCGCCUCACCAGCAGACCCACUCUCAGACCACGACGCACGCCAACCACCACUUCCAGCACGCGCUCCCUGGCUCGGGGCUCCACCCGCAGCGGCUCGUUACCUUGAAGGAGGAGCCCCAGACCGUCCCUGAUCUCAUCAGCAGCGACGGCUCUCCUCCGAUGUCCCCGAUCGACUUGGAGACGCAGGAGCGCAUCAAGGCGGAGCGCAAGCGGCUGAGGAACCGGCUGGCGGCCACUAAGUGUCGGCGGCGCAAGCUGGAGCGCAUCGCGCGGCUGGAGGAGAAAGUGAAGGUCCUGAAGAACGACAACGCGGGGCUCUCCAACACCGCGUCGGUGCUGCGGGAUCAGGUCGCCCAGCUCAAGCAGAAGGUCCUGACGCACGUGAGCAGCGGCUGUCAGCUGAUGCUCACCAGCAAGAUCGAAGCGUUUUGAGAAAACAGACUACUAAAGGACUGAAAAGUGCUAACACUGGAGUCAUGGUCUGCAUGCGCAGCACUGGAACCCCGGCCGAUGCUGCCGGCAUCACAGGCCCGAGUCAAGACGACUCGGCCGCUUAGACUGAUUGAAUUGGUACUUCCGGAUGCUGGACACCGCUCUUAGGACCAUUCAAAGCAGGGCAGCAUCCAGAGACUGAGCAGGCGGGCACUGGCCCCGCGCCUCGGGUUUACUAAUGGUAGAAAAUGGGAAUAAUUAUUGUACCUUUCUGACCCUAUUGUCAUUCAAUGCUGCAUUUAUUCAGUAUGUAAAUUAUUUUUGUUUACCUGGUUGAUCCAGGCAAACUGAUGUCCAAUGUUUACAGUGUCUUUAUUUUUUAUUUGUGAUGUGUAUUUAAGUAAAGUGUUUUCCAAAUGAAAA